AACAUCUCGAUUCCGCACUGCAAUUCCACUCAAUACAUCCCGCUCUUAGUAGAACAACAGUCAUUCGAGAUGUACUUCGCAACACCCACCAUCGCAGCUGUCAUGGCUUUCACCUCCUUCGCUGCGGCUACACCUUUACAAGCACGCCAGGACACCCUCCAAGACUGGCAAGUCACCAGCGUGAAUUCACAUACACCUUCAGGCCGUCCAGGAAGUUAUCCGUGGUCAUCACUCUCCGCGAACAUCACCGAUCCGAAUACCAUCAACCUAGGGACCUCGGACUCAGACGGCACAUCCGUCAUCGUACCCGCCGGAAGCCAGGGCAUCAACUGCGAAGCGAAAUACUUCAAAGGCGAAACCCCUCUCGGUCGGACCUGGCCCUGCGACGCAAUCACCGGCGGGUACUGGACCAUGCAAGUUCUCGCUGGCUCGUCCGGGCAGUACUCAUCGGGAGACUUCAACCUGAAGUUCAGACAUGUCCCGGACGUGCUGUAUCGAGGAGCGCAAUACACUGCGACGUUCGAAGCGACUGGCCAUUUCGCAAUUGGUGAUAACCUCAAGGGAACGUGUGGCGGAAGCGGCGUGUGUAAUUGGGGCCUUGCAGCGGAGAAGAAGCCCGUGCUGAUUAAGCCGAGCAAAGUGUAAACCCGUAGCAAGUAGUUGAACAGCAGUAACUUUAAAGAUACCUUCGCGGUGUGCGCGCGCGGAUGUAAGCCGGAUGUACCGUAAAAGUAGCGCGAAAGGCAAAGGGAAGUUCGGAUCCGCAUGCAUGCGCUUUCCCCACAUCUCAUCCAUGCACUCCCCGCACGUCACUAAUGCUACCCCUCCGGAACGGGGGUGCGCGGGUGUAGCUAUAAAACCCCGCAUGUACAUGGGGAGCUGAGGUUGAAUGUGUCUUCUUUGUUAUUUGAAGAAUCAAUUCGUUGCUGUUCGAU